CGGCUGUACAUGUCUCACAGAGAUCGUACGUCAUUGGCAUAGGCGCUUGAGUGACACAACAUAGCAAACAAGGACAUUUCCAUGUCCUCCACAUUCUGGAGGAAAAAUGGACAACACAGGCUAUUGCAGCGAGAGCUUCAACAGCCUGCAGAGCGGGACCAGCGAUGAGGACAUGGUGGAGAUCACAGGAGCCACGUUGGACUUCUCCAGCACUGAUGACGUGCCUCCUCUGGACCGGGAUUAUGGCUCAGGUGGUUCAUAUGGAGUUGGUGAUGGGCCUAAUGGGGUUCCUAAACUGAUGGAUUUACUAGAUGAACCAGUGCCUGGGGUCGGCACAUAUGAGGACUUCAAUACCAUCGACUGGGUCCGGGAGAAGUCUAAAGAUCGGGAUCGCCACAGAGAGAUUGCUACCAAGAGUAAAGAGUCAGCCUGGGCUCUGAUGAAGAGUAUCAGUGAUGCUUUCUCUGGCUGGCUUCUCAUGCUGCUUGUGGGACUGAUGUCAGGUGCCCUGGCUGGUGGCAUUGACAUCUCUGCCCAUUGGAUGACAGAUCUGAAGGAAGGAGUGUGUCUGAAUGGCUUCUGGUUUAAUCAUGAGCACUGCUGCUGGAACUCCAACGAGAUGACCUUCCAGGAGAGAGACAAAUGCCCUAACUGGAAAAGCUGGGCAGAGCUCAUUGUCGGUACUAAUGACGGUCCUUUCGCCUACAUCAUGAAUUACCUGAUGUAUGUGUGCUGGGCACUGCUUUUCUCCUUCCUGGCUGUGUCUUUAGUCAGGGCCUUUGCCCCGUAUGCCUGUGGCUCGGGAAUACCUGAGAUCAAGACCAUCCUGAGUGGGUUUAUCAUCAGGGGCUACCUGGGUAAAUGGACUCUUAUGAUUAAAACCAUCACCCUGGUGCUGGCUGUGUCAUCUGGACUCAGUCUGGGCAAAGAAGGGCCUCUGGUCCAUGUGGCCUGUUGCUGUGGGAACAUCCUGUGCCACCUGUUUACCAAGUACCGCAGGAACGAGGCAAAGAGACGAGAGGUAUUAUCUGCUGCAGCAGCUGUUGGUGUGUCAGUAGCUUUUGGCGCACCGAUUGGUGGAGUUCUGUUCAGUCUGGAAGAGGUGAGUUAUUAUUUCCCUCUGAAGACGCUGUGGCGCUCUUUCUUUGCUGCGUUGGUGGCAGCCUUCACCCUUCGGUCCAUCAACCCGUUUGGUAACAGCAGGCUGGUGCUCUUCUACGUGGAGUUCCACUCCCCUUGGCAUUUGCUGGAGCUCAUACCCUUUGUUCUGUUGGGUAUUUUCGGGGGAAUUUGGGGAGCUUUCUUCAUCCGUGCAAACAUUGCGUGGUGUCGUCGGCGUAAGACUACAAGGCUGGGUCACUACCCUGUUUUAGAGGUGCUGGUUGUUACGGCAGUCACGGCUCUGCUGGCAUUCCCCAACAGCUACACGCGGAUGAGCACCAGUGAACUGAUCUCUGAGCUGUUCAACGAUUGCGGUCUGCUGGAUUCCUCGCAGCUGUGUAACUAUGCCAAUGUGAGCGUCACCAAGAGCAGCAGUGAUUCUCUGCCCGAUAGGCCAGCAGGACAGGAUGUCUACACCGCCAUGUGGCAGCUCUCACUGGCCCUGGUCUUCAAGAUGCUCAUCACAGUGGUGACCUUCGGCAUGAAGGUGCCCUCUGGCCUCUUCAUCCCCAGUAUGGCUGUGGGAGCGAUUGCAGGCAGGCUGCUUGGUGUGGGUAUGGAGCAGCUGGCAUAUUACCACCAUGACUGGGUAAUCUUCAGAGGUUGGUGCUCACCUGGAGCAGACUGCAUCACCCCCGGCCUCUACGCUAUGGUGGGCGCUACCGCCUGUCUGGGCGGUGUGACUCGUAUGACAGUCUCUCUGGUGGUCAUUAUGUUUGAGCUAACGGGCGGCCUGGAAUACAUUGUGCCUCUCAUGGCUGCCACCAUGACUAGUAAAUGGGUGGCAGAUGCUCUGGGUCGAGAAGGUAUUUAUGAGGCUCACAUCCGUCUUAACGGUUACCCCUUCCUGGAGCCCAAGGAGGAAUUCAGCCACAAGACGCUGGCUAUGGAUGUAAUGCGACCCCGCCGCAGUGACCCCCCACUCUCCGUGAUCACGCAGGAUGGUAUGAGCGUGGAAGAAGUCGAGUCGCUCAUUGCUGAAACAUCAUACAGCGGUUUCCCUGUGGUGGUCUCACACGAGUCUCAGAGACUUGUGGGCUUUGUGCAGCGCAGAGAUCUGGUCAUCUCUAUUGAAAAUGCCCGUCAGCGUCAAGAAGGUGUGGUUAGUGCCUCCCGAAUCUUCUUCACUGAAUACACACCUCCACAGCCCCCCAACAGUCCUCCUCCGUUGAAGCUUCGUGGUAUCAUGGAUCUCAGCCCAUUUACUGUUACCGACCACACUGCCAUGGACAUUGUGGUGGACAUCUUCCGCAAGCUGGGCCUGCGCCAGUGUCUCGUCACUCACAACGGGCGUUUACUAGGCAUCAUCACCAAAAAGGACAUUCUGAAACAUAUGGCCCAGAUGGCCAACCGAGACCCUGACUCUAUUCUCUUCAACUGAAGUGCCAAACUGGCUGUUAGGAAACACCAGUCAGUUUGAAACCACCCACUGGGCAGAAAACACCAGUCUGGCCAAAUGAUUUGCACUACAGAACUGUCAGUACUGGGGUAGCGUCCAUUCACACUGUGAAUCCAUUUGUAGAGCCUCAUCAGCGCAGGCGCUACAACUGCAGGAUGGAGGACCUUCAGCAGCGUUCUAUGCACUCUGGCAACUAGCUUAAUGGUGGGAUUGAGUGCAGCCAAGUGUUGGUGUUUGCAGGUAGUCAACCUAUCAUAACAUAUCAAUGCAUCAAAACAUAUCACAAGCAUAACAUUUUGUAGCAUAAAUCUAAAUAUAGACACUCUGUUGGAUCGUAUUACUCAAACCCAAAACACAUUCUCAGCUUUCAGAUUUUAAGAGACAUUCUUGUGUAUGUCCAAAGGAAGUCACAAGCAAUUGGUAACAGAUGUGCAUUGCAUAUUUCCCUAGAGUACUCCUGCCUUCCACUACGGAAUGGAUGGUAAUCUUAAGUUAAAAGCAUUAUUUGUUGUUUACAUGUUCAUAUACACUUUUAGCCUUUUUUUUAUUUUUAAAUGAGCACUUGCAAGUAUUCCAGCAUCUGAACGCUCUCGGGAUGAAUGUUAUAAUUUAGUCGUUGUACGCUUUAUGAGUCUGCUGAUUUACAGUUUCCUUAUUUUGUCAAGUCUGUACCACAUUUCCAGACUUUGUAAUCAGUCAUAAUCAGCACUGUGUAGUUUCUGCCAAGAAAUGACACAUUAAAAGACUCGUUCUGUAUAUAUUUUCAUAGUACAUGCACUUUUCAAAAUGACAACUUCAUUUUUACGCUACCAUUCAAACAUUUGAGGUCAGUAACAUGUUUUAUGUUUUUGAAAUAAGUCUCUUAUGCUCACCAAGGCUGCAUUUAUUUGAUCAGAAACAUAGUAAAACACUAAUAUUGUGAAAUAAUAUUUCUCUUUUGUUCUAUUUUAAUAUAUUUUUAAAUGUAAUUUACUCCUGUGAUUGCAAAGCUGGAUUUUCAGCAUCAUUAGUUCAGUUUUCAGUGUCACAUGAUGCUUCAGAAAUCAUUCUGAUAUGCUAAUUUGGUGUUUAAGAAACAUUUCUCUUUUCAGGUUUCAAAGUUGAAUAUAAAGUUCAGAAGAACUGCAUUUAUUUGAAAUAGAAGUCUGUAUAAAUAAAAAUAAUAAGAUUAAAAGAAUGUCACUUUUGAUCAAUUUAAUGCGUCCUUGUUGAAUAAAAGUAUUCAUUUCUUUAAAAAAAAAAAAA